GAGGCCAGCUGAGAUCUUUGUACGACAUGAGGACAGAGUCCAUGGAGCUGACUGGAACAUAUAAUCCCAGGGUUGACCCGUCUGGAGGUGAUCUUCAGGAUGAGGAUGAUUACGUUAAUGCAGCCGUUGACACUGUGGUGUACCUGCGUACAGCUCCAUCUGGACCACAGAAAAAAAGACUCCAUCCAUCACGCGGUCUCUGCUGCCAGUAGUGAUCUGUUGGGUUCUAUUGUUGAUGAUCACUGGUCUGCGCAUCCAUUAUACUUCUGUCAUUUCUGUUAAGUUGAAGGACUUUGAAGACAUCAAACAUCAACUUCAAGUUUCAUACUGGCCAGAAAACAUGAGGAAAGAAAUCCAGAAGCUGACAGAAGACAAUAAGUAUCUGAGUGAAACAAACCAAAAGCUGACAGCUGAAAUCCAGAUACUACGAGCAAAUUUACUGAACCAAAAGGAAGAAACUUCCAAAAAGAGAGAACCCCGCUUUGACUGGACAACAACACCAAUGCCUGAAGCUCGACGUUACUACAAUACCCGACCUCAUCCUCACUAUGAUAGACCACAUUACUACUACACCACACAACAACCGUAUUACAACAGACCACCCUCCUACUUUACCACACCACGUCCUUACUACAACAGACCAUGGUACUACAACACCACACCACGUCCUUACUACAACAGACCAUGGUACUACAACACCACACCACGUCCUUACUACAACAGACCAUGGUACUACAACACCACACCACGUCCUUACUACAACAGACCACGCAACCAGUACACAACAAAACAUCCUUCCUACAACAGACCAUGGUACUACAACACCACACCACGUCCUUCCUACAACAGACCAUGGUACUACAACACCACACCACGUCCUUACUACAACAGACCAUGGUACUACUACACCACACCACGUCCUUACUACAACAGACCAUGGUACUACAACACCACACCACGUCCUUCCUACAACAGACCAUGGUACUACAACACCACACCACGUCCUUACUACAACAGACCAUGGUACUACAACACCACACCACGUCCUUACUACAACAGACCAUGGUACUACAAUACCACACCACGUCCUUACUACAACAGACCAUGGUACUACUACACCACACCACGUCCUUCCUACAACAGACCACGCAACCAGUACACAACAAAACAUCCUUCCUACAACAGACCAUGGUACUACAACACCACACCACGUCCUCACUACUAUAAACUAUAUUAUUCCCAGUCGUCACCGAGUUACUUCUACCGCAGAAAAAAAAGGCAAACUGAACCUUGCCCCCAGGGUUGGCUCCACUUCCAGUCCAGCUGCUAUAUGAUCAGCAGCUGGAACUAUUCAGAUGAGAAGACUUGGGACGAAGCCAGAGAUGACUGCAGAUUUAGGGGUGCAGAUUUGGUCGUUGUUGGAAGUCCUGAGGAGCAGGACUUCAUCUAUAAAAGCAGCUUAACUGGUGCAGGAACCAGCAGCUACUGGAUUGGCCUCAGGGUUAACGGUAGUGGCUGGAAGUGGGUCAAUGAGAGUGAUCUAAAGCAUAGCUACUGGCUGCAACCGCCUGCCGAGAAGGUUAACUGUGCAACUUCUGUCAAGGAGGCCAACGGAUGGAAAUCUGUGAGUUGUGAUGACAAAAACGGUUGGAUCUGUCAACAAAUGGCUGUGUCUUCAUGAAUCCUAGCAGCACAACGGAAAGGCUCUCAUUUUCUACAAGAAACUAAAAAUCUCUGAUGAACGAACAGAAAAAAAGCUCCUUCCACUGCAGCUGGAAAUCCAAUAAAGAAAACUGAGGUUCUCUCAAUCUGUCAGUUUCAUAAGUAUUGAUUAUUUAUUGCAUCCAUUGAGCUGAUUUUUCAGCAGUAACUCAGAAGUUCAGCCAACAGUCCACCAUGAUUUAUUCCUGAUUCAUUUUUCAUAUUACACACUGGUUUGCCCACAGACAGAUUAUAACACUGUCCUGUUACUGGUGUGUAUUUUCCUUGAUUUGCUUUACAUGUCUAUGUAUGUGAAUAAAUGCUGUGGUUUGUCUUUAAUGGAAGAUCAAAUUUUAUUUUUGUUUUUACACCUAUGCUGUCCUUUGCUAAUACAGCUCAAAAAUACUAUUGGAAUUUACUAAAUGUUUAUUUUAUAAAUACUUGUUCUAAAUAU